AUGCGCACAGUGGAGCCCGUAUUCAAGGAUGGAUCGCUCGAACGCAUUCUAUGUCCGACUCCCCCCUCCCGACAAGACCGAACCCCAGUCCAUGUCGGGGCCCUGGUACCCACUACCUCGACGGAGUUAGACCCCUACAACUUGUCUAUGGAACAACAGAUCCAGCACCAAGGGCUGAGCCUCGAUCACAUCACAAGUUCCGUCAGCAACCUUCACGAUACCAUGUCCGAGUUGAAGAACGCAUUCACCGCUUUGCGCAUCGAAUUGAACGGCCCAGGUCGGUUCACAUCCGAUAUGGGCACCCCCGCUAGCAAGGACAUGAUGAUCGCAACGGUAUUGAAGGAACUCAGAUCCAAAGCUGAUGAGAUCGAAAGACUGAAGCUCGAAAACGAAGCACUCAAGCUGAAGAACCGUUACGCGGAAGAGCAAACGCUCAAACAAGCACAACCGCCACCGCCACCACACUUAUAUGCCGACACAACAAUACUCGCAGAAGUACGAAGCCCAGGCUUACUACAAGGAAGUCGGAAGCGGCCCUGGCCAGACUCAUUUCCGAGCGGACGCACCCAACCGAUAGGAGAUUCGUUCGACGAAGACUCCUCGGACAGCAUCGCAGACUUCUCCUUAGAGGACGCAAGUCUACCCCCAGUCAAAAUCCCACUGAAGGACUCCACAUCCAUGUCCACAACAGACAAGACAACCCACGAACCCACACCAUCAGGCUCUCCCAAACUGCACAUCGAAUCAAACUCGCAACGACAACAACAACAGCAGCAACAAACCCCUAACCAUGAUAACGACCUUAACAACCACCACGACAACAACUCUGCCACAUCCCACCGAGAAGCCAUAGUAAAACGUCCGCGCCUAUCUCAAUCAACAGACAAACCCACAACCAGUGGACGAAGACCCGGCCGACCCCCGCGCAAAUCAUUUAGCCAAACCGCCAAACCCGACAUCACCACCACCACUACCACCACCACCACCACCAACAAUCAAAGUCCCAAAUCUACCCCACUGACCGAGCAAAACGGCAACGCGCACAAAGAUUCCCAAUUCGACGAAUCCAGUCCCAGUGACACCCGCACCACAAAGGAGAACCGACCCGCUCACUCGCGAAGCCUGCGCAGCAGAUCGCGGCCCCCGUCACGGCGCCAAUCCGCAGCAGCUAACGCCGACUCACGUCCAUUGGAGCCGGAGCAAACUGCACAGAAUGGGUAUCAGAAUGGGGACGACGUACCAGACCACACUGAACAGCGACAACAACAACAGCAACAGCCAACGCCCCCCUUACACACGGGCAAAGAAAACUCGCAUGGCGGCGCAAACGGCGUGCACAAGCCCGAUUCACGAGAGAAGCGCAAAGCACAGUCCGCAGCGCGAGACAUCAUGGUACGAUUAGCUAUGCAGCGUGAAGAAGCAAUGGAGACUGAGGAUUCGCGAUGA